AGCGUACCACUUGGCGGUCGCAAGUAUACUUACAUUUUCGAACUCUAGUAUUUCCCCUCGACUGCCUACUCGAAAACGAUUGUUUGUAUCGAACAUGUUGCUAACAGUUGCUAUUAAUAAAAAUAUUAGCAGCAAUGUUUCUUUACUGCUAUCACAUAUAAUUUUUAGUUGGUGUGAAGAUAUCAGUAGCGACAUUCAAAAAAUAAUUUAAAAGUGCCGUUAUUUGGCUUACCUAAGGGUCUCGACUUCAACUAUUCAUGGUUUCAUGUUUUGGGUGCUGGCGUUACACCAUCACUGAUUGGUUCUAUAAGAUUUUAGUUGAAACUGAUCGCCUUGAAUUUUAUGUCGAACGUUUUCACUUUCUUACUCCAAAAUGCAACAGAUUUCAUAAGGUACUUGGCAACUGUAAUGCUUUUAGAAGAUGUUGUUUAACAGAAACCAACUUCUAUGCGGCGAAUUGAGGAAAGUUGCCCCGAAAUUGCAUUAAGAAUACAAGCAGCCAACAAUCAAACGCAACCACUACUAUCCACACAACGCUCUCAACAUGUUGUGGGCUCUUGUCGCUAGCAACAUGUUGUGCGAAAACCGGUUUCUUGCUGUCUCCUCGAACAACCUAGCACAUUAAUGCUCCAACGCUGUUUAUUUGGAUACUAUCAUCAAACACGGCAACCAACAAUAGAGAACGCCAACAAGUAGAUGCUUGCAACAAGCUCGAAACCCUUUGCUUUUGCUUUAUUUGUAGCACUAUACUCACACGCUAGUAGCGACAACAAUUUGCCCGCCAUACCCACAAGUUGGCCCCCGAGCUCCCCCAAAGAACUGGCCAUUCACUGCUGCUGCUAACAACAAUCCACGCCGUCCACAGCUGCUUCUUCAACCGGUCUUCUUCAGAACCAGCCAGCCAGCCAACUUCGUUGCAUUUUCCAAUUCGGUUCGCUACAACGUUUCGGCGCAAUUCGCUGCAAGUUCGGUUUUGUAUAUGUUGCAACAUUCGUUGCCUUCGCCGAAACACACGCUGUUCGUUCGGCAUAUCAAUUGCUUUGCUUGACUGCUUGACUGCUUGGCUGACUGGUUGACUGGUGUUUUUCGGUUGUUUCGUUGUCGUUUGGCUGACUGUUCGUGGUGGUGUCUCGUAUGGAAUACAUAGUUUUUAAAUUGUUUGUCGUUGCAGCCAGUUGCUUCAGUUGGUCGUGAGCGGUCGUUAGUUGUUGACGUUAAAUCUAGUGAGUUCACGUUUGUCGAAUAUUUUUGUGUGUUCAGCUAUUCCAUGCUACGGAAUUAAUUUUCGUCGUAUUUUACGUGCCGAACGUAGAAGAAAAGCGUGUUUUCCUAUAGCCAGUCGAGAAACUUACAAAGCUAUCAAGCUUCGAAGGUAUCAGAACGUGCGCGGCAAAUGCUUUAGCGACGGCAAAAUGUAUUUGCGACAAAGUGUUGUUUGAAAACAGUUGACAAUUUUCCGAUUUCGAAAAUUGUAGAAAUUAAAUUGGCUAAAUACAAAAUUUAAGCCACUAAAAUAAUUAAAGUGUGUGAUAUUGUCUAGAAUUAUUUAAAAAUAUAAUUUGACAAAGUAAAAAUUAAUAUUUGCGAUAUUUUAAAAAUAUUUUUUAUUUUUUUUGGAAAACAGUAGCAAAAAAUUGGUGUCAACAGAAAUUGUUGAUAUAAAUUCAAAACGAUCUACAUGAAAAUCAAAGAAAUUGAAAUCAUAUACGACUUUGAGUAUAAAACUGACAUUUGAGUUUUCUAAAAAAUUUGAUCCAACCUCUUUUUUGAAAGACAUUUCCUUAAAAAUAUAAAAGCAAGUGCGAAGUACAAAAAAGUUCAAAUAAAAAGUGCAAAGUGAAAAUAUUCCGAGUGGUAACAUCUUGUCUCCUAAGAAAGCAAAACCAGUUCAAAAUCCGAAAGAGUGCAAACGCGUAGAAUCCGCAAGAAAAACUGCAUAUAAAGCAAAAUAAUCAAACCAAUUAGAAAUAAAGUAAAAGAACAAAGGAAAAACAAGCAAAAUGUGCAGCAAAAAGGAAAUCAACUCCACCCUAAUGAUGGCAUUCACUGUCACAACGCUGCUUGGAUUUAUAAACGCGCAGGCCGUGGGCUCCAAGGAUCUCUUCAGAUGCCGCCAAAGUUGCUAUCAAAAGUUUGUGCAAGAUUGGCAUCACUGCAUGGAUUUUGAGGAUUGCAAAAAUAUGUGCAUCACACCACCUAAUAUCAAUAGUUAUAUCCCAGAAGCGUUCAGUUUUCUGUGCUGGAACAAUUGCGAUCAACAAUUGGGCCCCUUUCCGCUCAACAUCAACUCAGCAUUGCGCCAGGGUUCGCUGGUGCUGACGACCAUCGCUUGGGAUCAGGCGAUCACAAAUGCAUCGAAGCAGUGUUUGGUCACUUGGGAGGUCUCCGGAGGCGGUCUAAUGGGCAAUCUAUUGACUGAUAGUUCUACUGUUGAAUUAUCCCUGUGGCCAGAGACAGUAUAUCACGUGCAAGUUACGUGCAAGCAUAAGGAGACCGGCGGCAUGCGACGCUCUUACAAACUGAUCGUGGACACGCACAAGCUCAGCGACGUCACUGUUGUCGGCAUGCAAGCGAUUACACUGGAGACUGGCAACAUGGCCAGCAAAGAGGGCAUGAUGCCGCAUUUGUAUGGCGCGGAUAGCGCGGUUGAUAUCGGCGGCAAUUCGGGCGAGACCGACUCACGCAUGCGCAUACUUAAGGAUAGCUCUAAAGACUUCCUCAGCCCCUACAAUCCAAAUGCCAAUGUAGCAACAGCCAGCAGUACCACCAGCAGCAGCACCAAAUCGCCAGUGACAACUUCAGCCAGCACAAAGUCAAGCGCCACCAGCACCUUGACAGCACGUCGUACGGACGAAAUUGCCACGCCCGCCGAAGAACAAAAUUCUGUUGUGCGUAACCGACUCGUUGAUGAGCGGCCGUUGGCUCAAUGGGUAGCGAAUUUCUUAGAUCAGCAUCCCGCAUGCGGCAAAUAUGGACCGUUUGUGCUUUUAGUGAUCGUCUUCGUCUUGUAUAUGUAUUUACGGCCGCGCGUUCGCAAACACAUGGAGGCCGUAGCCAACGCCGUGGACCGAGAGGUGCUCAUACACAAAGAGAUGUUGCCAAGUCAAACGCCACAAGCGCUGCGCAUGUCAGCGGCGAUGGCGACGUCGCAUGUGGAAGUGGCGGUGGCGCCCAAGCAGGAGGACGCGCUGGCGGCGUGCAGUGGACCGACAGCCGUAGCGUCGAAUCCGCAAACAUUACACGUGUAAGGUGGCGUGCGCAAGCGUAUGCGAGCGCAGAGUGAUUGAGUGCUGUAAAUAGUAAUUAUUAAUUAGAUAUAUGCAUUGUAGGGGUUUUUGCUAAUUCAUAAUUUAUUUAUUAAGCUAAACAAAUUCAAUAUGUACUAGAUGUGAUGUGAUGUACUAAAUGCUAAAGAACUUGAUUUCGUUUACUUACAUUUCGCCUCUGUAUGUACAUAGCAUAGUCUAAGUGCAGUGUUGCUUUUGAGCGCAACGUUGCAUUUUUAGCCACAUAUAUUGAGAUAGUUAUAUACAUAUGUACCAUAUAUUUAAUUAUAUGUGUAUGCAUGAUUGUGGUAUGAGCAUUUCUUUUUGUUAUAUAUGUAUAAGGCUUUGCUCUCUCGCGGAGAGCGAAGAACUGGACGCGCGUGUAUAGCAAUAUUAGUCUUUAAGCGUAUAUAUUACAAACAUAAACAGCACAGAGAGCGGCAGACAAAACAAAAUAAGCGCGGCAGGUGUGCGCUUGCGCCAAAGGUCAGUUGACACUUCGUCAAAAAAUUACAACACUUCGGAGAUUCUUGAAUAUUAUUUAAAAAAUGUCAGUCAAAAUAAUAACUUUCGGCAGUCGCAGCGUUGCCACCUGACCGCAAAUAGGUACUAGCUUAUAAGCGUAGCGAACUAUUAGGCUUAGUAGGGUAUACACACUCACUGCAAUGACAAAUGUCCGUGUGUGUGUGUAUACACUUUUCGCAUUUUAUUUUUGUAAAUCGCAACUUAUGACGAGUCCAAAUGUUAACGUUGACGUUUAGUUGUCGUCAUUUGGUGUUUCAAUGUCCCAAAAAAUUAGCUGAGUGAGCAACCAAAAUGUUUGUAUGUAUGUUAAAUUUCAUUUGACACUUGUUUGGCGCAUAUGUGUGUGUGUAUGUUAUGUCAUUAAGAAUUUUUCUAGUCUCACUUAUGAUUUAUUAUUGUUAGUGUUACCACCCUUUUUCAAAGUUUAUGGAAUAAUAGCAGUGGUGGAUUCGUAAAAAAACAAAAAUUAGUGUUAAAAACGUUUUCUUCAAUAAAUUUUUUUUUAUGUUAAAAUUUUGAACCGUUUUUGUUGUAAAUGAUAAAUUAAUUGGUGGAAAUUUCUUUACUUGAAUUUGAAUUUUACUUAAUUUGCAUUAUUAACAUGGAAAUAUUAAAAGUAUUCUUAAAAGAUUUAUAAUAAAUUUUUAAAAUAUUUUAAAGAUAAUCCAAAAUAAAAAAUAUAAAAUAAAAAUAAGGCAUACUUAAUACCAGUGUAGAAUGUUUUCGAACUUUGUUGCUGCAGUUGUUAAUUAAAAUUUUAAACUGUUCAAGUUUUCAGUCUUUUUCGCAACCUAUUUCCAAAAAUUAAAAAAAACUGUUAUUUUCAGCAAAUAUUAAAAAAAGUGUUAUUCUAUACUUUAGGAUUUUUGCUUGGUUUUUGUGCGAUGUUUCGUUAAUCUUUGUAACUAGGGGUGUUAAAAACCUAUUUUCAAAAAAUUAUAUAUAAUUUUUCAUACAAAAUUUUUUUUCUUAUCUUUGACCACUUUUAUGUGGGUUACACAAAUAUAUAAAUAACCCUAUAUCCAUAUAGAUAAUAUGCUUAAAAUUGUAAAAAUGUGAAAUGCAAAUGAAGAAAAUCAAAAAUAUCUUCCAAACAAAGCAAGUAAUCCCAAAAGUAAUUAAAAAAUUCCAGCGAGUAAAAAUUGGUAGACGAUAACGAAUCAAAGAAUAAUCAAAUACGGUAAAAUAAAAAAAAAUUUAUGAAGCCCAAAAACAAAGUUAAAGUAGCAAAAAACAUUAAAUUAUUGCUAGUAAUAAAUAUAAGUAAAAAAAAAAAUUAAAAUAAUUUUUGUAAAUAAAUAACAAAUAAUAAGCAAAACACAAAAUACAAACGGUAAAAUGCAGACUUUGUAAAUACUGUAGCGUUUAGAGAAGCAAUUACAACAAAAAUUAGACUAAGUGCAUACUGGAAAUAUGUAAUUUGUAUAACUUAAAACAAUUAGUUACUAAGCUUAGUCGCUAACGGUAGCAUGUAUGUAAGUAUGUAUGUGUAACAAAUUAAAACUGAAUUGCUGCACUGAGCAAGCGCCAAUUUUCCAAAACAAAAAUGUAAAAUACAAAUAUAUACAUAUAUAUAUAUUUCAGAAUUAGUAAAUUAAACCUAUAUGAAAAAGAAAAUUAAUAAAAAUUAAAAAAAUAAUUACAAAAAUAUAAAAACUGCGUGUGUUUUGAAGGAAACAAGCAAUCACAAAACUCUGUACCACAACAAAACCUAUAGUCACAUUAAACAGUUAUUUUACCAGCCUCUUGUUUGACUAGAGAUUAUGGAUACUUGUUGUCAGUUAUUUGAUGUCCUACUCUCCUUGAAAAUAGUCGAACUUCUGAGCUGUGCUGUAGAUAACAUUGAUAGAAUGGCAGCAAUCUGGAGAGUUGUGGCUUGGUAGCGAUUAAAUCUCGAAAUUAUGUUUUUUGAAAUUCGAUAGACAUUUUUUUUGGUAAACAAAUUUUUUUUUUUUUUGGAUUUUAAGCAUUUUUCACUUUUCAAUUUAGAAUUUGAAUGUGAGAAUACUUUAUCAUGCUGAAAUGAGCACAAAUUCGAUAGACAUUUUCGCAGUAAUAAAUCCAUCAAUUGUGCAUUGACAUAUUAUAAUUGAAAUUAUUGGCCCUAUAGCCAUGCAGUAAAACUAUAACCAGGUAAAAAUACGACAUUCUAACUUCAAAUUCGGUACUGAAAAUUCUGCUUCGAAAAGGUACUAAUCCAUUCUUAAACCAACAAAACUUGUUAGAAUUUCACCAAAUUCUAUUUGAAAAUAAGUGGUUUCAGUUUACAACAGUUCUAGAGUAGUGUUGGAGACCAUCAACUGGUUAAAAGCUAGUGAUUUUCCAAUAAAAUAUUUCCAAAAAUAUUUAAAAUGGUAAAAAUAUAGAGUCCGUAAGUGCUACUCGGAAGCUAACAAACCAGCUUGUUGAAAGUGCUUUUUAAAUAAGACAGUAAACUCUGUGUGAAAUUAGAGUUUUUAUGUAUUGUCAGAAGUUCUAAGAUUUUGUUUUUUGUGCUCCAUCAAAAAGUUAGAGCUCAAGCGAGUUAAUGAAAAUUGUGCACAUAAUAAAUGCUUCUUUGUUGUGUUUGAUGCUUAACACAAAAUCUAGUUUUAAACUCGUGUUUAUGAAAUUUAAUAUAAAUUUGAUAAAUCGUUGCGCUUUAAACUAUAUUUUCGCUCCUAACUGGAACUUUACACUAUGAUUUUGCUCAGUUAAAGAAAUGUUUAAAAUUUUUGACAUUUAGAAUUCAACAAUAAAGACAGAUAUCAGUUUAUAGUGAAGACUUUAGUACAGUUACGAUUAAUUUGUUUCAGACUCGUUUUCGUUUGACCAGCUGGAGUUUCACGAGCUGGCGUUAGUUCAAUGCGAAAAAACUUUGUACCAAAGCGAAGUACCGAAUACAUACAAAAGCAAUUCCCUGUUCUCACACUUAGUAAUUCCUAUAUGCUAACGACUUUUGUAGCAGUAUGCUAAAUCGAUUAUGUUUAAGCAAAACGCGCAGUGUUGUUAAAGGAAGAAGUGGUAAUCUACAAAAAUUACAAAAGAACGCAAAUAGUUGUUAUUCCAAUAAGCGCAUAUGACACGUUUCAAAGCCACAAAAUAAAAAUGUGUACAUGCUCACGACAGUAAAUUACAACGCGCUCAUUAUUCUUUUUGAUUAAAUCACUGAAUUAGCGAUUUCACCUAAAUUCUGAAAUUCCCAGGCAGCGCCUAACAAUUUUGAUUUGAUUUAAAACUAUUUGGCUAACGAGUGAAGCGUGGCUAACUAUGAUUACAGCAUAUGCAGUUGAAUUGAAGUUAUUAAAAAUUACAAGCCGCAAAAAUCCGUAAAUAAAUAAUAUGGCUUAAUGAGCUUAAAAGGUUUUAAAUUAAUUUUCAACAAUUUCAGCGGCUAAUGCAAACAACUACAAAAAAAAUUAUGCGUGUUAUUUUUGAUAAUGACAAAAAAUGAAAUGCCGAAUUGCCGCGAAUACUAAAUUAAAUUUUAAUUUAUUAGCCAUUUAAUAGCGGAAACAGCAACAACACUAACACAUGCUUUAUUAAUAUUGAUUUAUUGGUCGAGCUUAAACAAAAGGCGACAGCAAAUAUUUUCAUUUUAAUCAUGCAUUAUUUUUUUACAAUUUUCGGACACCGUUUAGAAAUUCACUUCAUUUUUUGCGCUGCCCAAUAAUUACACGAAGCUUUGCAUGUAAUGAGUUAUAGAAAUGCUGUUACUAAAUAGAUAAAUAAUCGUGCGCUAGAAAUUUUUUUUAUCUCAUACUAGUUGUAAUAUAUUUUUUAAUGUGAGAGUGAUUUAUAAUUUUUUUCUUUUUUUGCGCUAAAUAUUCAUACAUAUUUUUGUAUUCAUAGCGAUAAUGUGACAACAAAAACAACUGUAAUUAGUAGUUAUUUAUGGUGUAUUGUAUGUAAUGCAUAAUUGAAUAAACAAAAAUAAUGAGUAAUUAAAGUAAGCCUAAAAUAAAUAAUGCCAGAAAAACAAUAUAAAUUAAGUUACGAAUAACAAUGUGACAAAAUAUUAGCUAUAUAGUAGGGCGAAUAAAAAGUAACAAACACUAUAGAGCAGUGUGUGCCAGGAGAGUGUGUGUAUAAAUAUGUAAUCGAAAUCAAAAUAAGUAAUUGAAUAAAAGUGAUUAAUACAAAAA